UAGUGUUCUUUGGACCUUCGCGCUGGUAACUCGCUCGUAAAUCGGCCCGCCAGGACCUAUACUAGUCUACUCUACCGUCAUUCCGAAACAAUACACGUUCGCGUCAACAGUGUCUCCGACUACUAAGUGCAGCAACCAUCUGGUGCAUAGGAGUAUAGGCCCUCGACUGUUCGGUGCACUGGCUCUCCGGAAAAGUUGGUUGGAUCGUGUCGAAAAACAAUAAUUACUUGUGAUAUUUUAAAUGCAUUUUCUUGUAUUAUGACGUAUGGUUUAAGGACACUCAGUUAUUUCCCAGAAGAUUUCACAAUGUCCAAGCUACAAGACGCCGAUUUCGGCUCAACGGAAGAGGAAGAGUUCUUCGAGGACAUCCACUCGCCAACUGAUAACAGCGAAGACAGCGUGGAAGUAAAAGUGACCCCCAUCUCGUCGAGGAACAAGAGAAAAUGCUCGGAACCAAGGAAGGUGCCCGAGAAAUUCACUGGACCGCUGAAGAAGCGAAUGUGCCUGAAGGUCCAGUCGGAGAAGCUUUCGGAAAAGCACGCAGACAGCGCCCCUUUUCGUCCUUGGAGCCCCAAAGGAAAACCAGAAAUCAGCAGAGCGGAAGUAAACCAACAAGUGAAAACGGAAGAAAAAGAUAGUGAAAGUAAAAAAGUUAUCGAACCACGAUUCGUGAUGCCGCAAAUUCCUGUUAUGCAUCCCUUCGGCUUCGCCAACCCCUUGGAUCUGCCAAGGAUAACGGAAGGUUAUUUCAGGCCGCCUUCGCCUAUUAAAUACGAGCCUGACGAACCUGUAGCUUUAAUUAAAAAGUGCCAAAAGACUGAAGUUAUUGUUAAGAAGGAGCCGGAAGUCGUUUGCACCAGCACGUCCAGACAAGAACUACCCAGAGUGCCCUACCAUCCACAAGCUUCUUGUAUGAGCCAACAAGAAACGGAGAGGCUGCUUCUAACCAGUUCCGAAGCCUUUCCAGCCUUGAAAAGACCUGAAAGUUUAUCGGGAAAAAGAGAACAGCGAAACUACAAAAACAUGACGAGAGAAAGAAGGAUAGAAGCAAAUGCGAGGGAGAGAACUAGAGUACACACCAUAAGUGCAGCCUUCGAUACAUUACGAAAGUCCAUACCUUCCUAUUCCCACAACCAGAAACUCUCUAAAUUGUCCGUUUUAAGGAUAGCUUGUUCCUAUAUAAUGACCCUUUCCAACAUAGUUAAAGACGACGAUCCGUCGAAACUAAACGAAGGAGUGGAUUUGAUAACGAAAACCAUACAGAGAGAAGGAAAAUUACGCAAAAAGAAGGACGACAAUGACUGAGCUUACAGACAACGAUGUAGACAAGUGCCAUAUUCUUUCUCACUCCAGUUGAUGUUAAUCUACUUUUCAAGUAUUCCUAGAAUAACUUAAGAAUUAUUGUAGAUAAACAAGGUGAAUCUCAAAGUGCCAAAUUCGGGAUAAUGAAUAUUGUCCGUAAGGUAAAGAUAAAACGGUGACAAUAAUGUUGAAGUUCAAAAUCUGGUCGAUUAAAAAACGUUGUUCCUAUAUUUGUAUGUUCGUCCAAAAUUACUCGAAUUAUUUUGGAAUAAGUCUUGCCAAAACUUUUGUGAAAUUGUAUAAAUAUAGAUUUAUUCGAUAUUGUAAAUAGUGAAUUGAGAAUUUUAUUUAUUUAUAAAUAUAUACAGGUUGAUGUU